AAAGAUUUGUUAAAAUCUUGAAGCCAAAAAUCUACAUAUCUUUAGUCAUCUUCCUCUUUCCUUCAUCAACAAUGGGAAACUCUCUAAAGCAUCUCAAACAACAACUUCCCUCACUUGCUCCCAAGCCUCUCCUUAUCCCUCCAAUAUUUUCAGUGGAGCCAGAAAACGAGAAUCUGAGAGUCUUCAGAUUCGCGGAUUUGAAGAAAGCAACGAAGAAAUUCAGACAAGACAGGGUCGUAGAGUGCGAGGAUGGCUCUGUUCGAAAAUUCUACAAGGGCUACAUAGAUGAAACCACAUUUGCACCAUCAAGAAGAACUGGAACCGGAAUCGCUGUUUCUGUCAUGGAAUGUGAUAGUUCACGCUCUCUACAAGACUGGAUGGCAGUAGUGAGGUCUCUUGGACAUAUUUCUCAUCAGAAUUUGGUCAAUUUCUUGGGUUACUGUUGUGAAGACAACAAACCACUCCUCUUGGUUUUUGAAUACUCGCACAAAGGAAGUUUGGACCGUCACAUUUUCGGAAAAGAAGAGGCUUUGCAAUGGGAAAUACGUGUUAAGAUAGCCAUUGGAACAGCUCAAGGUCUCGCGUUUCUCCACUCGAUCAAGGACAGCCCGCUAAACCGAGAACUCAGGAUGCAUAACAUUAUGCUUGACGAGCAAUACAAUGCAAAACUGUUUUAUCUUGAAUCAAUCAAACCAAGCUUGGUAGAUGAAGGUCGCAUCGCGGGAAGAUUUAGAUACCUAGCUCCUGAAUGGGGAACGUUCGGUCUUUUGGAUAUGAAGACCGAUGUUUACAUAUUUGGUAUGAUCUUGCUUGAACUUUUAAUGGGUUCCAAGGAUAGAAAAAAAUUCAUGAAACAGCAAGGCUUAGAUUUCUGGACUACAUCUCUCUUGCCCGAUAGUUAUAAGAUUGAGGAAAUAAUCGAUCCCCGACUUGGGAACGAUUAUUCUGCGAAUGCGGCGACACAGAUGGGCACACUCAUCAACCAAUGCACAGCGCAUGACACAAAGAAACGACCAUUGAUGCAACAAGUUUUGGAUGGUCUAAAUUAUAUUGCAGAGAUUAAGGACUAAUGUGUAGAGAUACUAAUAGU